AUGGACGCAGUAAUGAACAUGUUUCGUCAGCGCAUGAAGUUGCACCCCGAGUGGUUUAGGAGUGACCGACUGUGCUUCUGUGAUAGUACUCCUAGUAUGCUGUGGCAAAAAGACAAGUGGAAGAGGUUUUUGAGUACAAAGCCCGAUGGACAGGGACUAGGAAGGUGGGUCCCGGGAGGUGCGACCGAUCUCUUCGAAGGGAAAGCACCACGUUUCUGCCAAACCUUGAAGAAAUGGGAAGUAGAUAUUGAUGAGAUCUACAUGCCAUGGAACGUCAAAGACGCUCAUUGGGUGGCCUUGAUGGUUUCUAUACCGAAAAGGCAUAUUACUGUGUGGGACAGCAUUCCAGGAUGUCUAUCGGAGAGGUUGUUAGCCAAAGCUAUCGAGCCCGUUGCUGUCCUUCUGCCUUAUCUACAACGGCUCAUGGCUGACAUCGGCGAUAGGUAUAAGUAUCCACUCGACCGUUACACCCACGAGUAUAUUUCCGGAGGAGAUGUGCCUGCGCAAGACAAUUCGAGUGACUGUGGAGUCUACUGUCUAAAGUUCAUCGAGUAUCAUAGUCUUGGGAGGCUUUUUCCGAAGACGCUUUGUGGUAGGAACAUGAAAGCUAUAAGAGCAAAGCUUGCAGCGGACCUAUAUCACGAGAUCAACUGUCGCGGCCCUCCAGAGCGUAACUGGGAGGAUCUGGACAAUGACAUAUAA